AUGGCGCGUCGACGCUUCGAGAUGAAGCCAUUUGCCAUCCGGCUUCUCCUCUGGGCUGUCGUUGUCGUCGCCGGUGCAUUUGCUCUCUAUCUGACCAUUUCAUAUGCUGUGAUUCCGCUCCUUAUCUGGUUAUCUCCGACAUUGAAUCCAACCUUGUAUGAUUUGGGUUUUUAUGGUGGUUCGCCUUCACAGACGUAUAUCUCAAAUGGCUUGACUUCGCCGCGGACAAGCAUAAGCAAAUACGACCCAGACUGUGAAAAGGGGUAUGUCUUCCUCAAUUACAAUGGAGGCUCAAUGGCCGAUCCUGGUCCGGCGAUACUGGACAGCAACAGCGAGCUUGUUUGGAAAGCACAGAAUUUUGGUGUUACGACGAAUCUGAAAGUGCAGAGUUAUUUGGGUCAGCAGUACUUGACGUUUUGGUCUGGGCAGAAGGGAGGGACCAUGGGCAAAGGUGUCUAUCACAUGCUUGAUAGCUUUUACGAGAUCAAACAUACUGUUUCAGCAGUUGCGCACGAAAGCGAGAUCGAAGGCGACCUGCACGAGUUCAAAAUCACCAAAGACAACACUGCACUGUUGACAUUCUAUAACGUUACCCCAGCCGAUCUCACCCCGUUGGGCAAGCGGAAGAAGGGAUGGCUCACCGACAGUGGUUUUCAGGAAGUUGACAUUGCGACCGGCAAGCUACUUUUCGAGUGGAAAGCCUCAGAGCAUUUCCAAGUCAAUGAGACUUUUAUGACCCACCCAUUUGGCGGCUACAUAAAAAGCAUCCCCUUCGACUUCUUCCACAUCAACAGCGUCGACAAAGAUUCCAAGGGCAACUAUCUCAUCUCUUCACGCCAUACUCAUUCGGUCACCUGCAUCGGCCCGGAUGGGCAGAUCAUAUGGAUUCUUGGUGGACAGCGCAAUCAAUUCGAGGACCUUUCAGGGGGUGAUGCUCUCAACUUCCGGUGGCAGCACGAUGCCCGGUGGGUCAACGAAGAAGAAGGGAUCAUAACGGUUUUCGACAACAAGGAAGGAGGGCCUUUGCAUGUCGACGGCCCAUACAGUCGAGCGCUCAUGCUACAACUGGACAUAGCCAACAGGACUGUGACCCUCCUGCACUCCUAUGUGUCUCAAUAUCGCACGCGGACACCUUCUCAAGGUUCGGCGCAAUACCUUCCUGACAGCAAACACAUGUUUGUGGGCUUUGGCCACUCGCCGGUUUUGAGUGAGUUUUCUCUAGACGGAACUCUGCUAUGUGAGGUUCAUUACGGCGCGCAAUGGCUUCACGUUUUCGACACAGCAGUUUCGUACAGGGCUUUCAAAUCAGCCAAUUGGGUUGGCAAGCCUCGCGAGCCGCCUGCAGCGAAGAUCUUGGACGAUAUACUGUACGUCAGUUGGAAUGGGGCGACCGAAGUAGAAGCGUGGGUGUUGCAGGGAGGCGGCACAGGGGAACAUGAGGAGGAAUGGACCGAUCUCGAGUUCAUUGAUAAGGAGUUCUUUGAAGAGAGCUUUGAUUUAUCACAACUAUCCUAUUAUUCUCGAUUCCGUGUGGGUGCCUUGGAUCGAGAGGGUGAGAUCUUGGGAUACUCGGAUGUCGCUCCACGAGAAAGCUCUGGGAGUUGGUGGGGUUUCAUUUUUACAGUAUUUCUAUGGGGAGUGGCAUUCAAGGUCGCCUGGAUGGGCUACAAAUGGUUCUCCCAGCACAAGGGAGCCGGCGGAAGAGGCGUUUCGUGGGUGGUUUGGAAAAAGUCGUGA